GCUCCUUCCUAUUUUUCAUAAAAUUUUCAAGAUACUGUAAUUUCGUUCGAAAAUAAUGUAAAUCGUCAGCGUGCCUAGCAGUUGAAUAUCUUUUGCGGAGAACGUCGAGAGGAUUCAGUGCAGUAUUCACUUGGACAACAAAUAUUUCUUGCUACUUUUUCUAAGGUGCUAUGUUCACAGUAAAUAGUGACUUAACAAAAAAUAUUAGUCGUCUGCUAUACAUUCACGGAUGGUACAGUCAUACCGGUUCUCCUAACAAAAUUUAACAUCUUACAUUUUUCGGAUUGUGUACAGUAUAUGCAGGCAUUGAUUCAUCCAAAUAAUUUUUGCAAUACACACAUAGCAAGGACAACAGACGUUUUGAUCUAUUGGAUUUCGAAACACAAUCUAAAAGAUAAUGAAAAUAAUAAUUUAAAUUUAGAUCCGCUAACAGACAAAUCUGCCGCAGAAAUUUCAGAGAAAUCUGAAGUAGAAAGCGAAGACUUCUUCGAAAUAGUUCGUGAGUUGUUAGACCACGAGGUCAUAGUCGCCCUAUGUUCGUCGGUGGAUUUGCUUGUUUCCUCAAACGAGGCGAACUCUGACGCCUCUUCUGAAGCGAAUGACUCUAUCAUCAAUAUCAAAUUAUGCGGAUUUAAAAACAGCAAAGGUAACGGCAUUAACAGCAUUCAAGAACUUUUUAGCAAUAAAACGGAAAAAAAGAAAGCAAAUGACUCACUUAUGAUUGAAGAUACAGCUGAACAGUUUUAUAAAAAAGAUCGGAAACUUCAUGGAGUUAUCUCGAAAGAGUCAACCGAUACCAAGGACUUUAAUGAUAUAGAUAAACAAAAUCGCAAAGUACAUAUAAAUACAUUUCCAUGCAAUCCCAUUUCUAAGAAAACAAAAUAUGCUAAGCGCAAUACUUAUAGACACGAUGUUCGAAGAACAGUUUUGAUGCACCACCAAAGUACAAUAACUGAAGUCAACAAAAGUACUGGUACUAUGACGCAUUGUGGAAUUAUGGCAGAACGACCUUUUGAAGAGCAUUGUCGUGAUGCUAAAAUUAAUACGUCUACCGCUGCUGAUAUACCACGCUGGUGUCGCCAACAUUCUGCACCCAACCUUACCGAGCCCGUCAAGUUGAUUUCGUCUGAUGUGCAGUUCAUUGGUAAUAUCAGUACAUUACCAGAAAAAGAACCUAGAGGUUUAGCGCCAGAAAUAUUUUUAAGCUUUGGUGAAAACUUGAUGUGGCAAUAUAAAGACUCUUCGCCAGAACAACUUUUGGGGCGGAUAGGCAGAAUAGGCAGUGAAGGUACACUAAACUUUGCAAAUGCUUUCCCUGAUUGCUUUAAGGAAGAUAAUUAUACUAGUUCAAGAUUAACACAUUCUAGAGACAUGCAAAAAACUUCGUACCUCAAAUGUUCGUGUGAUUACCGACGGAAGGCAAUACUUCGCGACGGUUUUUCAAAUGGAACGCGUACAGAACCACCUCCAACAAAGUUCGGGAUGCAUCCGCGAUCUUGUUACCAAUCAUCCUUUGGCACUACUCACAAACCUAUUGUACGAGAUCAGUCAGGCCAAACGCACAAAAAAGUGUGCUCUAGUUGUACCCGUCGCCUCGGUCGUCGAAUAAGAAAUCGCAACCAUAACCUGUCGGAGGACGACAAAGACUUUUGGAUUGAAGAAAUUAAAAAACAAUCACUUACCUACAAUGCAAAAUAUAACAAACACCACCGGAAACGAAAGAUGUUGAAAUCUUCGAGAAACGAUUUAAUUUCUUACCAGCCAGUCAGUCUUGGCAGUUGUCGUGCUACCUUCUGCGAGGUGAACGUUACCAGGAUGCCAUCCCUACGGUCUACACUGCAUCAAUAUUUCUGCCAACAUGAAAGGAGGACAGGGAAAGUAUACGCAGUUCCAUCAUGCUCGUGCUGUAUGACGCCUCCCCAGAAUUCCACAGUACUUGGUCUUCUCAAUUACAAGAAAGACAAGAAAGUGAAGAGGGAACGACAAUCCAGUGUUGUGAGAGCUCUUCGAGCGGGUACUGGUCCUGUAAUACCACAGAGGCGACCAUCAUGCGAGGCGUGUUGCUGCGCGGCGCGGAAUAUUUGCGAGGAGCAGAAGUCGAAAGAGGACGACGCUGCUAGUGCUGCCGUUCUUUCAUCAGUAGGACCGGUGACUGUCGCGCGCUCGUGUACGUCUUUAUGCCGACGAGUCUCAGCGCCCAUAUCAGCUCUCGGGAUAUUGACACCUGUUCCAGGACAAUUGAUAAAGCUAUGCGACCCGUGCGGUCACAAAAGAAAGGGAUAUGUCGAAGUGUUGCACCCUCCACCUUCGCAAAGGGCUUCCUUGGCUGCCGGGCUCUACCAAGACAUUUACGGAUAUGCCUGCAAUAAAUGGGAUUACGAGGGCAAACUAGAUCAGUGUACAGACGUACCAGAUAUAUCCGUCAUUGUUAUGAAAAAUCUGCUAAAGAACUUGAAGGAUCUGAGGGACACGCUUAAUCCUAUUUUGGCAGGUACAGGUUUGGAUCUGCAAGGAGCACCUCAGUCGAUGGUGCAUACAGCAGACGAGGCGCUCAGUCCAACGAGAGUUUCCAACGCAUCUUUGAUGCCGAUGAUGUCGGAUCAAGAAUAUUCAUCUGACAGCGUUACCCGUCACCGACCGAAGCUUAAAGAUUUUCUGGAUCCCGCAAGACGUCCACCGAAUAUGCCAAUGCCGGAAUAUGAAGUGGACAAAGAUGGAAACUUCCACAUAAACGUGGAUUCUUACGCCCGCAACACGUCUUUGCCGUCGCACCAUUUGCAACAACGUAACAGACUUGCCAGGCAGAGGAAGCGACGGCGGCGGCGGCGGCGAGAAUAUGUAGCUAGGAUGCACGGAAAACGGACGCAGAGAGAAGAGAAAGGUGGAAUGUCGACAUGUUCGAUGGUAGUGCCGGACGGAGACAGCGACUUCGAGAGCAAAGGGGUCGCGUGUCAGGUCACUGGGAAUCGACCCGAAUUAUUGAAUACUGCAGAAACUGCAAUUAACCAGGCUAGUUGCUCAGACGCUGUACUCACCGAAGGAGAUUACUUAGAUGCUGAUUACUCCGAAAAAGAUUAUGCAGAUAUGACGUAUGGGGACUGUGCGUAUGCGGGACUAGAAUACCCAGGAUUAGAAUUUUCCCCAUCAAAUUACGAAGGAGCGGAAUUUGCGAGUCCAGAUUAUGGUGCACCAGAAUAUGGUGGAUCACAAUAUACACACCAAGGCUAUAGUGAAGGUAGAUACGUAGAACCGACAUAUGGCUAUCAGCAAUAUGCAAACACAGAAUAUGCAGACUCCAUAAAUCCAGAUUACGGACCAUCGGUUAUGAUAGAUGCCGAAAAUUACGUAGAAUCGAAGGAUGAUGACGACUUUAUGCAAAACUCAGCAUACUUGGAUCAAUCAGUGGAUACACAAGGUUUCCAAACGCUCAUCAAUCCCAGAGAUAGUUAUUUUCGUCGCUUUAAGAGCCGAUUCCGGAAAGUACCCAUGUUUGAAAGGAGACAAGAAGAGACACAGACGCCGACGCAAACUGCAGCAUUGACAAGUAGUUCAUGCUGUCGAAUCAGUGUAACAAAUACGAUAGCAGAAAGUACUCAGAAAGGAUACUGUUAUAAACUUCGACGACACAAAGUUCGAAUACCGAAACAAAUGUUGUCUACAGGAGACCAGACAUUACCAUCGCAACGACCAGUGAAAGUGCAAGUGACAGCUUCGUUGUCUGGCUUUACAGCGCAACCACGAAUGCUAACUGCAAGGCGUGUCAUAACAAAGUCAGAGAAAUCUUGUGGACCUAAUCCAAGUCAGGGUGUGGGAUGUAGAAUACCACGCAUACCUCACCAAAAACCUAAGGAAUCCAUUGAAGGUGACGCUCGCCCCGGGCAGACUUGUUGCGGGAAAAUACCGGCUGAUAUACGUCCUGGUUGUGCAUUCGAUAAGCGAACCUCAAAGCCGUCAAGCUCGGUAAAAGGCAGAUGUGGACCCAGAAAUCAAGCGCCUUGCCAAAAUUUGAGAAUUCCUUGUGAUAAUCCUUCGCCAAAACCGCCAGACGCCCCGGAUGCUUGUCAGGAUUUGAAUCCAUGCUGUCGCCGUGCAAUUGAGAGUUUAAUGAAAGAUAAAGAUAAAGAUAAUGAUAAAGAUAGAAAUAGAGACAGAGAUAAAUAUAGAGACAAAGAUAGACAAAGCAGGACAGGAAGGAGCGAUAGAGAACCGAGGAAAAGUAAAAGCAAAGAGUAUAGGAAGAAGGAAGCAAGGAAAAGUAAGGAGGAUACCGGUGAAGAGACGUGCUGCACCGUUAAUACUUGCCCGGCGUCGCCUCCGCCUCCGUGCUGCGGGCCCGGCCAAUUGUCAGAUACGGCUUCAGCAGUCACAGAAGGAAUUUCAUCGCUAAACGCCUUACCAACAGCGGGCCCACUAGUAGAACAGGGCUCGCCACCAGCAAAGGGCCAGCCACCGGCACAGGGCCCGCCACAAGCACAGGGCGCGCCACAAGCACAGGGCUCGCCACCAGCACAGGGCUCGCCACCAUCACUGGGCCCGCAAUCAGAAAAGGGCCGGCAAACGCCACCACCCCUUCUACCACCAAGGAAAUCAACAUGUCCUGGCGGAGGAGGAGUACCUCCAUGCGAUCAGAGAUGUCAACGACAUGGAGGACAAUGCCGGCCGUCCAUACAUGCACGUCAAACGUGUCCUGGUACCAAGACCAAAGAAUCUUUCUGCAGUGCUAAGCUCGGUCCAGCGUCUAAAGGACCGUGCCCGAGGCAGAAAUGCUUUGAGCCAAAAAUGCCCAGAGUUCCCUCCGUGCCCCCGGCGCCCCCGGCGCCCCCGGCACCCCCGGCACCCCCGCCUGUGGCCAGUAUGGUUGCACAAAUUUCUGCUUACUGGUCAGGCGGAAACGGCGCGAUACCUGAAGGGAACGCAGCAUCAGAUCUGAAACUACCGCCGCAGCCUACCCAGUCGAGCGAGUUUACCAAUACCUGUGGAAAUGAAGUAUGCCCGGGAAAGUCCCGUAGAGGCCAAGGAGCAGGUGCGAUAUUUAUUUCAGAUUUGUCGUGUUAG